AGUCUUACGACCCUUCUCCCAUCGACAUCAUAUCUACUGGCUUAUGCUUUACCUCUACUUUUACUCUCUAUUUUGCUCACCUUCUCUGGUGCAUUUUUUACCCUUGACCGUACACGACAAUUUGCGCCUCGAUAUGAUGCUAUGCCAGGUGCAUUUGAUUCACCAAAGAAAUUGAAAUGGAUUCUGGAAGGCGGCAUCGGAGGCUUGGCCAUUGGAUAUGUCUUUGGACUACAUUGCUCGACGUUCUUGGCACUGCUAAUCCCAUCCACUACAUCCUCAAGCGCACUGUCAUCCAAGUCCUUUGUCGCCGUCUGGUUUCUACCUUCCCUCCUGACUACAUUUCUUGCCGGGAGGUGGAAAUAUUGUGCAUUGGCGCUCGGCGGUAUUUCCGGAGGCGCCCUUUUCGCUCUUGCUCUUUCGGUCAUCGUCCAUCCCUCUCUACUGACACGGAUCGUCUUUUUGUCCAUAUGCGCCCCCAUAGUGGCCCUCUUCACUCUGCUCCCACUUGCCAGGUUCCAGCAUGCGUCUCUUCGCUUCGCCACAGCGUCCAUGGGUUCUUUUGGCGUCAUCGUAGCCAUAGCGGCUUUGGCACAUGUUCCCGCAUGGACCAAUGUGUGGGAGCGCCUAUGGCUUACUGCAAGUAUUGAAUGGGAAACAAGCAAGGAGAAAGGUCUCAGCGCUGGGUUCUGUCUGUUCCUCUGCGCAGGGAUGGCGUCGGACUGGUUCCUGAAGAGGACAUUUGGCGAAUGCCCAGAUCAGAAAUGGGACAGCUAUCUCGCUGACUAUGCGGCAAACCUUCCCAAUCAUGCUGACCGUGCAGGAACCUAUCAGCCCUUCACAUCCGUAUGGGACCGUAUCUUUGGUUCAACGGAAAAGCCUACCAUUUCCAAGGAUCUUGUCUUUCCUGACGAAGACAAAGUUGGUUCGCCUCUGAAGCUAGACAAGAGUGGCCCGAGCCCGCCUGGUCAUUCCUCAUUCGAUUUCCAUCAAAGUCCAGGAUAUUUGAAGAAGGCGCGCUCAAAGAAAGACAACCAGGCUCGUUUCCAUGCUCUGUGUAAGCGCAAUCGGGAAGCUGUCAAAUUCCGACCCCUAGGUCAACUCGAGUCCUCGGAUUCAGAAGAGGAUGACCUCAAAGCAAGUCCGCUCACAGGUGGACGACCCUGGUUGAAGCAAAGACAUUCCAUGACAUCCACGACGCCAACACUAGUUAGUGACAGCGAGCGAGACGCCAAGGUCAAACCACCAGAUGAUACUGACUACGACAAGGAAAUUCAGAAGCUUGGACAGGUCAAGCGGAAGAAUGUGGUUAGCGGGCUUGGGGAGGGGGAAGUGCCAGACUACUCUGACCAUGAAGAGGAUCUUACGAGUGUCAGUCAGCGGAAGACCGAUGAAGAGUGGAGUCCUGGAUUCAUAAAACGAUAUCGGUCGUCGAAUACGCUAUUCUCGAGUCAUGGUACAGCUGUUGAUUCGCCAUCACCUCCGACAGGCGCUGUGCCUGCCACUCCUUCAUUGAUAAAGGCUCUUGACCGAAUUGCCUUGGCACAAAAGGAUGCGUUUGGA